CCCGGAGGGGGAGGGGGGGGUGACCCAGUCCCUGCUCAGAAAAGAGGAGGCAAAGAAAUUGUUAAAUAGUUUUGUGUUGUUACUUUUGCUGCAUGGCAUAAAUACCUUUUAUAUUAGGCUAUACUUUUUAGACUGCUUUAGUGUUUGUAAUUUGCUGAAACAAGCAAGCUAUAAAAUUGUUAUUUUGGUAUUCUGUGUAGCAGGGGUUUUUUUUGUCUUUCCUCACUAUUUAUUCUGCAGUAUAUAUCAAUGCUAUUGUAUAAUUUGUUAUUUUUAUUCCUUUCAGAGCAGUUGAACAGAUUUGCAGGGUUUGGUAUUGGUCUUGCAAGUCUGUUUACAGAAAACGUGUUGGCCCAUCCUUGCAUUGUUCUGCGUCGUCAGUGUCAGGUUAAUUAUCAUGCUCGGAAUUAUCAUCUUACUCCAUUUACAAUUGUCAACAUUAUGUACAGCAUCAAUAAGGCCCAGGGUCCAAGAGCUCUAUGGAAAGGAAUGGGAAGCACCUUCAUUGUUCAAGGCAUAACUCUGGGAACAGAAGGCAUCAUCAGUGAAUUUACACCGUUGCCUAGGGAACUGUCACAUAAAUGGAGUCUCAAACAGAUAGGAGGACAUCUCUUACUGAAAGGCUUAACAUAUGUGGUAGCGAUGCCUUUUUAUUCUGCAAGCCUGAUUGAAACUGUGCAGAGUGAAAUCAUUCGAGAUAAUCCUGGAAUUCUGGAUUGUGUCAAAGAAGGGAUUGGCAGAGUGGUGGGUAUGGGAGUGCCUCAUAGCAAACGGCUCCUUCCACUUGUGGUCUUGACCUUUCCAACUGUUCUACAUGGAGUCCUUCACUACAUCAUCAGUUCAGUCAUCCAGAAAUUUGUCUUGUUUGUCCUCAAAAGAGAAAAUUCCCACAGCCUUCCAACUGAGACCUCCAAUUCUGUGCAGAGCAUGUUGGACGCGUAUUUUCCAGAACUUAUUGCUAGCUUUGCUGCCAGCCUUUGUGCUGAUGUCAUGCUUUACCCCCUGGAGACAGUUUUACACCGUCUUCACAUUCAAGGAACACGCACAAUAAUUGACAAUACAGACCUUGGCUAUGAAGUGCUGCCGAUCAAUACUCAGUAUGAGGGAAUGAGAGACUGUAUUAAUACUAUAAAACAAGAAGAAGGAAUGUUAGGUUUUUAUAAGGGGUUUGGAGCGGUUGUUGUACAGUAUACACUGCAUGUGGCUGUUUUACAGCUCACUAAAAUUAUUUACUCAACGUUGCUUCAAAAUGUUGCUUAAAACUUUGUGUAGAUGUUGAUUAGUAUGGAGGAUGUGUUUUGGUUACUUAACUGUCUAACUAUGAUAAAAAGAGGGAUGGAUAAGAAAAUGAAAUCUGGAAAAAGACAAUCUAUAGUUGUAGGUUUUCUUUCAAGGUAAAGUAUUCCAUGUAAAAAAAAUGAAUUUAAAUUCUGAACUACUCUUUUAAAAGUACUUCAUGAAAUUAAACCAAUAUUGCAGAAAGUUUUGUGUGUGUGUGUGUGUGUGUGUGUGUGUGUGUAUAGAAAGGUGAAAUUAUGCAGAAGAAAAGCAUAAUUUAAAAUCUGACUUUAAAAUGGAUUACAUUUCUGUCUACCUGUAGACUGGCAUAUAUUACAUGGCAUUCCCUAUAGAACUGUCCACAUAGAUUAAAAGCCUAGUAGUGGUCAUUACCUUUGACAAGGAAUUUCCACUGGUAAGCCAAUGAAGAGGUUUGUCUUCAUCUCUUACAUGCUGAAGAUGAGGAUUCCAUGGUCUCUUAAAAAAUCUGAUUGCAGCUUUACUGUUAACACUGUUAAGGUCAAAAUGGCCUCUGGAAAACGCUUGUGAUUCCAUACUUUUCUCCACCUAAUUCUUUCAGUUUACGUGUACAAGCAAGACUUCUUUAACUUUCACUGCUCUAAAAGGGAACUGAAACUAAAUGUUUGCUUUCAGCAUCACCUAUUACAAGAUACUCUUUAAAUAGAACUUGGCUUUCUUGAUUAAAUGUAAAGUGGAGUAACUUAGCUCUUCUUCACUUUGGUAAGUAUUAAAAGGCUAGCGGUAGCUAAAAUACAGCAAACUUGAUUAUAUACAAGCUGAUGUGUACAUGUAAAUGCCAUUUUAGUCAAGUUUUCGACCACAGUUUUGAGAGAGCUGUUUUAUUGAUGUGUUUCUGCAUAAAUGUAGACUAAUCAUGAGAAGUGUUUUAGCACUGGUGUUCUAGGUUUAUUCUGAAACCAUAAAGGAUUAAUUAACCUUUAUUUUCUCUAGUGACUCCUCCAUUAGAAUGAGGUGCCUUAGGGAGGUGCAGGCGCAAUGAAUUUGAUAUUGUGUCCUUAGUCUUCCCUGGAGCCGCAGUAUGCUUUAGGUAAUGCCCACUUACAAUUUAGCACUGAAAUCUUUAUUUAAAACGUUAACUGGAUAAGAUGUGUUUGUGGAGCAGAAGUGAUUGUUGCUGUUAAUGAAUAUGUGACUUUGACUACUGAGAUCUUUCUUUUUCCCCCCAUUUCACCUGACUGCCUCUGCAUUGAGAUUUCCACUUCUAAAAUGAAUUUUGAUCAUUUUGAAUAGCUUGUAUUUACUUCUUGCUUACCCAGAAUUGAUUUAAUGAAGGUGGCUUGAGGUGGUUAACUAGUAAAACAGAUGAGCAUGGUAAGAGAAUCACUUUUCAACUAUGUGAAAGGUUAUUGCCUUUCUCAAAUUUCACUUUUGUGGUAAGAAUCUUUAAAUGUCUGUGCAAAUGCAAUAUAUUGAUGUGCAUUUAAUUGGAUUGGUCUUUAAACAAUGUAUGAUAGCAUUUAUUUAUGGGAAGUAUCCAUGACAUAACUAAAAUAAAUUAAUGCAAUUCAUAAUUUCUUUCAAAUAUGAUAUUAAUUCAUAACUUGUCUUUUGCUUAUACUUGAAAUAAUUUUCAUGUAUUUUAUGCACUGAAGUGUUGAAGUGGAAAGUAUAGUAAACUUGGAAUCUAAAGUUUUUACCUUGAAUAUUGUUUCUGCUAGUCUAUUAUAGCAAAAUGAAAGCGAUCAAACUAGAAACAAAGUAUCUGAAAAAUAUAUUUACCCCAGCAUUGCAUACAUCAGGACUAUUUCAUCUAUGCAAUAGAAAAUCUACAGUAUAAUGUUUUUUAAAGCAUUCUAGCAUUCAAGGUUCACUCUUUGAAAGAAGUUCUGUGAGUUCGGAGUCAAAUAGCAUUAAAGAUGGCAGCACUGGACAAACUUUUAGUACUUUUUUGUGAAUUACUGUUUUUUGAAAUGUGCAUCAGCAUAGACUCUGAUAUUUUAAAAUCUAAAGAGCUACCAAUAUCUUAAGUAGUCUGAAUUUCAGAAAUGCUGACCAGUGACCACCCAGUCCAUUAUUCUGUUAAUUACUGUAAGCAAGUUGCUAAGAACAAAGUGAGCCCAGACCUACCAAUUUAAAAGAGCUAAUAUACUUUUCCAGGAAUAAAAUUAUAAAAACGUGUGUGGCUAACAUUUGUCAAACUGAGUAAAGGACAAAUAAGAAAGCAAACAUGAUAUUACAUGUUCUGAAAGUUUAAAUUACUUUCAUGUCAGAGAAUGGUAAUGGAGAACCCUGACUCAGUACCUAAUUUCUACCUUUCCUUUUUAUUACCAGCUUUUAAAUAGCUUGCUGUUUAGUCAUUCAUAUGAUUAAUUCUGGUUGCUGAGACCAAUUCUCAUAUUUUGUGAAUUAGUGUAGCAAUGACUUGAGUGAUUCUGAAAACAUGUCUAGAUGCUACAAUUCACUUUCUUGUGGUUUUUUCCGCCCCCUCAAGGAAAAAAUACUAGGUUUCUAUGUAUAUUUCCUUAAGCUGUUUUACUCCAUUUCAGUUUGUGCAUUUACAGCUUUCAUUUAAACAGUACCAUGAAAUGAACAGUAAAAUUGUAUAUACUAUAAUAAUAAAAUGAUGUAACAUAUUGUAUGCUUUUAGCAAAAAGAGUAACAAUAUAUAUUCUGCUAGUUCUACGAUAGAGCAUAGUAGUAUAUAAUGGUACAGGAAAAAUAGAUAAAAUGGAACAAUGUACAACAGUAAAAUAAAUCCAGGGGUUAUUCUGUUUUGAUUUU